CUGCAAAUAGUGUAGAGGCCGCUUCCGGUUCGAGCACCCGGAACCGCCGCCUCUAGGGAUGGACGCUACAGGUCAGACUCUGCAGAAGGCUGAGAGAAGCCGGUCCUGCUCUCGGGAGAAAAAGGAGGGUUACACUAAGGACAUGGUGACAGACUUUGAUGAGAAACACGAUGAGUAUUUAAUAUUGCUCCAGCAGAGGAACCGGAUAUUAAAGCAUUUGAAAGCCAAGGACCCCAUGCAAUUGAGGCUGGAACACCUGGAACACGGGUUCUCUGUCUACGUCAACGGGGCCAAUUCUGAACUGAAGACACACCCUCGGAAAGCCGUCCACUCCAACUUCUCCAGAAGUGCCUCCCACGCCGAGGGGACUCACGAUUGCGGACGAAAAACCCUGUUUCGAGAAGCUGAAGAAACUUUAAGAUGCAAUUCACGGACAGCCCCCAGCAAAGUCCAGCGCCGAGGAUGGCACCAGAAAUCUGUGCAGAUCAGAACGGAAGCUGGCCCGCGGCUCUACAUCGAGCCUCCUCUGGACUGUUCUGAAGAUUGUGAGGCACGUGGGGGUGUGACUGUCAAGGCAGAGGAUGCUUCUGGGGAUCGUCCACAGGAGCUGAGAAAAAGCCUGGAACUUACUGUCAACCUACAAAGGAAAGAAGAAGAUGGUUCCAGUGAUGAGUCUGACUCUAUCGAAGAAGAUGUACUCUCUGAGCCGGAGCCUGAGGACCAGGUGCUGGUGGGCCAUCCUAGAGAUGACUCCCCUCUUCCCAGUGGGGACUCCGUGCAGAAGCAUGUUUCCGAGGACCAGGAGACAGACGGACGCCCUCCCCAGGGCCCAGACACCCUCGUAGUGCUGGAAUUUAACCCAGCUUCCAAAAGUAAUAAAAAGGAAAGGAAUUUGUCUGCUAAGCGGAAGGACAACGCUGAGGUCUUCAUUCCCAGCAAACCUGAGCCAAACCUGAGUCCCCAGCCCCUGACCGUGUUCCCAGACCAGGAGAGGGCAUGCUCAAGACCUGGAAGCCGCCGAGAGAGACCCCUAUCAGCAACCCGAAAACUCGUGCGCAAGGAUGAGGACCGAGAGGAGGACGCCUCAGCCGUGCUCAGAGCCAUCCAGGUGGAGAACGAAGCCCUGCAGAGGGCGAUCCUCAGCAGAAAGGCUGAGCCCCCCGCCAGCCCACCACAGCCGCCCUCCAUCACCGCGGCAACGAGCACAGCGACCAGCACGCAGGAGCAGUCCAGGGCAGCAGGGGGAGCCAGAGCCGUCGGUGAAGCCAUCGACAGAAGCGGCCUUCUGGGGAGCAGACACCAGCAGAAGGUUCUGAAAGUCCUCCAGGCCAUCGAAAGUGACUCCGCCCAACUCAGCCAGGCUGUUUCACCCACUGAGGAGCAAGUUCUGGACCCAGAGGACAAAUCGGGACCGAAAGCAGAAGAGAUCAAAGAUGCCGUCUACGUGACCAUGGAAAUCCAGUCCAACUGGGGCAGCGCGUCGUGGGUGGGUCUCACGGAAGUGGAAUUCUUCGACCGGAACAACACAAAGCUUUAUGUGUCGCCUCGCGAUGUGGCUGUCCGGAACUCGGACACGCCCGGGGAGCCGGGCCACCUGGUCAGCAGGAACUUAGCUGGCAAGAAAGACCCUUCCUUGUGGACGUGCCCCUUCCACCCGCCGCUCCAGCUCUUUUUUGUUAUCCGCAACACGAGACAGCUGCGUGACUUUGGUCUAACCAAGAUCAAAGUUUGGAAUUACUGCACGGCUGACGGCGAUCUUGACAUUGGGGCCAAAAACGUGAAGCUUUAUGUCAACAAAAAACUCAUCUUUGAUGGCAACUUAGACAAAGGAGGUGACGAGGCCCCACAGAGCAUCCUGGUGGGCCUGCAAAAUGAGAGAAUGGAAAACAGCGUUGCUGCCCACUCAGAAGAAAGCAAAGGUGCCCGCAAGAGGAACAGCACCGAUGGGGACGAGGAGCUCGGUGCCAGUUACUCGCAGCCAGCUGGAGCAGCAGAGGAUGUGAAGGUUUCUUCACAAGGAAAUUUAUUUGGUGGAAGGAUGAAUCCUCCUGACUGCAUGGAAGACAAUUUGUCCAAGUUAGAGGAAGAGUGCAGCUUUUUAGCCGCACCAUCCUCGCCAGGUGGCAUGCCCAGUGUCCCUCCCCACUCCUCCCCUGAGGAAUGCCCUCCUCCUCUUGACCAGGAGCUCUCGCUGAUCCAACAGCUGGAAAACCUUAUGGGCAGAAAAGUCUCUGAGCCUCCAGGGAAAACCCCAUCCUGGUUACAACCUUCUCCCACAGGGAAAGGCAGGAAGCAGGGAGGCCCGAAGUCAAAACCCCUCUGGCUGAGUCCGGAGAAGCCGCUGGACUGGAGAGGCAGGCUUCCAUCAGCAGAUAUCAUCCGUGAGGGGCCUGGAGAGACGGAGGCUGGAGAUAAAGGCCCCAGGCGUGAGCAAGGGCGGGCAAGCAGCUGGAAUGUCAUUGCCAGCGAGAGAGCUCAGAGAGCGACCCCCAGAGUCUGCGGUGAUGACUUCGACAUCUUUAACCAACCCUCCCACAGGGAGCACCCUGCUAGUGGGAGGAGGGGCCUGAGGAAGGAUGCCCUCAACAACAGUCAUGGUGAUGGCCAGCCAGACAGCAGAGAGGAUGCCUGGUCCACCCGGACGCCACUGCGGCCCCAGUGGCACAGCAAGCAGGAACACACCUUACGUGAAUCGUGGAACUCCCUCACCGUCUUUGACCACUCCCACCAGGGACGCAUCUCCAACGUGGAGUUCCAAGGCGACAUCCUGGAUGAGUUCCUGCAGCAGCAGAAGAGCAGCCGGCACAGCGACCAGCCGCACCCCUGGAAGGAGGAGAAGCCGGAGCCCAUGAAAGGACAGGACCACGGCUCCCUAGAGAUAGAUGACGGGGGUGACUUUAAAAUCCCCGUCUUGCCUUACGGACAGCACUUGGUCGUCGACAUCAAGUCCACGUGGGGGGACAGGCACUACGUUGGCCUUAACGGGAUAGAAAUAUUCAGUUCCAAGGGAGAGCCGGUGCAAAUUGUGAACAUUCAAGCCGACCCCCCGGACAUCAAUAUCUUACCGGCCUAUGGGAAAGACCCCCGUGUGGUCACCAACCUUAUCGACGGGGUGAAUAGGACCCAGGACGACAUGCAUGUCUGGCUGGCCCCCUUCACGCCGGGCAAGUCCCACUCCAUCUCCAUCGACUUCGUGCAGCCUUGCCAAGUCGCCCUGAUCAGGAUCUGGAAUUACAAUAAAUCGCGGAUACAUUCCUUCCGGGGUGUGAAGGACAUCACGAUGCUGUUAGAUACGCAGUGCAUCUUUAAGGGAGAAAUCGCCAAAGCCUCGGGAACCCUGACGGGAGCUCCAGAGCACUUUGGAGACACGAUCUUAUUCACAACCGAUGAUGACAUUCUUGAGGCCAUCUUCUGUUCUGAUGAGACGUUUGACUUGGACGUGGAGAGCCUGUGCAGCCUGCGGUGCGAGGAGGCGCUGAGGAGGCCCAGCACGGCCGACGGCCGGGGGGAGGAGAGGCCCUACACCCAGGCUGGCUCCUGGGCUGAUGACCAGACGCCUGAACCAGAGCUGCCUGCCAGCCCCCCUGUCCCUGAAGUCACCGCGCCAGAGCCGGGCGUCUACCAGGGCAUCUGCCUCCAGCUGAAUUUCACCGCCUCCUGGGGAGACCUACAUUACCUGGGGCUCACAGGUCUGGAAGUGGUGGGCAAGGACGGCCAGGCACUGCCCAUCAACCUGCACCAGAUCUCUGCCUCCCCCAGAGACUUAAAUGACCUCCCUGAGUACACCAACGACUCCCGGACCCUGGACAAGUUAAUCGAUGGAGCCAACAUCACGAUGGAGGGUGAGCACAUGUGGCUGAUCCCCUUCUUGCCGGGGCUGGACCACGUGGUCACGAUCCACUUCGACAGAGCCGAGAGCAUCGCAGGCCUGCGCUUCUGGAACUACAAUAAAUCUCCCGAGGACACCUAUCGAGGGGCCAAAAUCGUCCACGUCUCCCUGGAUGGCCUGUGCGUCUCCCCUCCUGAGGGCUUCCUCAUCCGGAAGGGGCCGGGAAACUGCCACUUUGAUUUUGCUCAAGAAAUCCUCUUUGUGGACUACCUGCACCCCUGCCCGCUGCCCCCACCAGCCCAGAGACUGGACACAAAGAGCCUGGAGCGGGCGAGCAUGGACUAUGAGGCGCCCCUGAUGCCCUGUGGCUUCAUUUUCCAGUUUCAGCUCCUGACCAGCUGGGGUGACCCCUAUUACAUCGGUCUUACCGGCCUGGAGCUGUAUGACGAACGGGGAGAAAAAAUCCCUCUGUCAGAAAACAAUAUCGCCGCCUUCCCCGACAGCGUCAACUCUCUGGAGGGUGUACGUGGGGACGUCCGGACCCCCGACAAGCUCAUCGACCAAGUGAACGACACCAGUCACGGCAGACACAUGUGGCUGGCUCCCAUCCUGCCCGGCCUGGUGAACCGGGUUUAUGUGAUUUUCGAUCGGCCUACCACGGUGUCAAUGAUCAAACUGUGGAAUUACGCGAAAACACCCCAUCGAGGGGUGAAGGAGUUUGGCCUCCUGGUGGAUGACUUGCUCGUGUACAAUGGGAUCCUGGCCAUGGUGGGCCACCUGGUCAGGGGCAUCCUGCCCACGUGCGAGCCCACAGUACCCUACCACACCAUCCUCUUCACCGAGGACACGGACAUCUGUCACCAGGAGAAGCACACCGCCAUCAGCCUUACGCCCCAAAACGUGCAUCAGCGAGAAGGAGACAGCGAGACGCUGGCGGUGCUGACCGCUGAAGGAGGGGGAGCUGGUCCUCUCAGCCGGGGUGGGGCUCCGUCACCCGGCCCCCCCCAGCACCCAUGUCCCCCGCCCUCAGGCCUCCGUGUGGGCCAGCCCAGACCCCAGACCCCAGGAGCUGGAAGGGAGCUGCAGCGUGGAUGGAGCCCGCUGGAGAGAAGGCACUCAAGGGGUGAACGGCCCUGGGAAAUACAGGAGUUCCGGGCAGGUGGAAGAAGUGGUGUGGUGUGGCCUUCCACUGUCCCCUGCGGUCCUGGGGCCAGCUGCAGGGAGCCCGGGGUCCCCUGGCUCCGUGGCUCUACCGUGAGAUCCAGCAAAGCAGGGCCCGAGUCCGCUGAGGCCUGUCGUGGGAUCCGCGGGCUCGGCCUGACUCCAGGCAGGAAGGUACCAUGGCCAGCCGUGCCAGGGCCUGGAGUAGGGCUGAGCGGGCGAAGGAGGCUAGGCGUCAGACACCACUACCGACAGGCGUGGGGUCCUGCCUUCCGAGGCCCCCGCUGAGGGGCCAGUAGCUCCCACCCCCACCACAUCCCCGCCUCAUCUGGGGGCUGCGGAGCCAGCUGAGCGGGUGGGACUUUCCCCUGGACCCCCUCCGGAUGUCUAGCCUGGACUGCUACCGCCCCUUCACCCAUCCUGGGUCCCGCCCAGGCCCAGUUGAGAAGGCGGGAUCCCCUGAGGGGAGCCGGUCCUGCAGGGCCUCUGUCCUCUGGUCAAGCCCAAGAAGGGAUGUGCCAAGGGCAUGUGUCCUGCUGAGCAACAGAAGGAGCUGAACCCACCAGCGGCCUACAGCCGGCCCCACGGCCCCACCCUGGCAUGCGGAGCCUUGUCCCUGCGGUGCUGCCCGGCCCAGAUAGGACAGGUGGGCAGCGUCAUACCCCAGAAGGCCAGUAGGACCCACCCAGAUGCCUUCUGGAUGAAGGCCCCGGAGACAGAGGACCGGUGCCAGGGCCCCAGAAGCCCCGCCCCCUUCCGCUGGAACUAGCCUGGAGGGGGCGGGGCCCUCACUCCCCGCCUGUCCCUGCCCUCGGUCUGAUCCAGGCUUUUCGCGCUUGCUGUUUCCCUUUCCAUCUGUCCUUGACCCCGUGUCCUGGGCAUCAGGCAGUGAGGUUCUUGUUGCCGGGGGUCCCCACCCCUUCUCCCUCAUCGAGCAGCUUCCCAGCAAGUUGGAAAUAGGCCUUGCACCCCCGGCUGCGUGAAGCCCAAAACGCAUCUAUUUCCACCCGUGUAACAAGCUCGGAUAAGGGACCUAAUUGGUUUCCCAGUGGUGGGUAAUUUCUUGUUCCAAAUAUUAAUCCGUUGUUUUCCUGGCUCCCGGCCCAGCCCCGCCGCGUUACUGUACUCGGAGUAGUUCCUAUGCAACCAAAAGCCCCAGCAAAUACUUUAUGAGCUUUGCAGCUUCAGCCGAGCAGCUAUGCAAAUGCGCUUCUCAUUUGAAGCGUGGGGCUGAUGUGAAGAUAAGGAAUUGUUUCUCCCGGAGAAGGAGAAGAUCCAUCAUUUCUGUAGCUUGCAAGCCCCCGGCUGCCCUGCUCACUUCCCAGAUGUGGCAAGUGCCUCCGGGGCCUCGGGGCUCCCAGGAGACCUGACCAGCUUUUAGUGACCAAAACCAGUGCCGUGGCUUUCAAGGUAGCCCAGCCUUCCAUCCCCGCCGAGGCACGUUUACAGGUCAGACGUGUCCGGGAGAUUGCACGAACACCGCACACACUUGCUCCUGGAGUCUCAGUUGAUGUUUAGAAUAAUUGUAUGUACCAUGCAAUUUGGGGUGGGGGGGAAGCUGUACAGG